GGUGCAACCCCUCUGUCUCUCUCUCUCUCACACACACACACACGCGCGCGCGCGCUGAUCCGCGCGCUGCUUUAUAAACGGGCCAUCGCGCGCUCCGCCAUUACAGAACCAGGGGCACGAGCAUGAGGAUGAUGAUGAUGAUGAAGGCUGUGAGGAUGAACACAGUGUGGGCUUUUCUUCUCCUCUCCAUCACUACUGCACUUUUACACCAGACACAGGCCUUUCCCACUCCUCCUGCACCUCAAGAUAAAGCAGAGUACAGCAGACAGCUAACAGAGGAGAGACCGCUACAGCAGCAGAUUGCAGAAGCCGACAGUGGAAGUAAGACAGAGCUGAAGCCCACGCAGCCUUCUGAGUUUAGUCCAGACGACGAUGACAUCACGCUGCUGAAGUCUCUGGCCGAGAAGUCCAGAUCGCAGAACAACCAAACGCCAAAAUCAGUCUCGACAGAUGAUCACUACACACACGACGAGACAGAUUCCACCAAGAGCAGGAGGCUAGCGGACGACUACGACACAACCAAGAACGGCAUCAACAGAUACCAAGCUGAACCGGAGAGCUUGCACCAGCUGGACGGAACUCCGCUCACUGCCGAGGACAUCGUCCAGAAAAUCGCCAACAAAAUCUACGAAGAGGACGACCGCGGAGUCUUCGACAGAAUCGUCUCCAAACUCCUCAAACUCGGUCUGAUCACUGAAAGUCAGGCUGACACUCUGGAGGUUGAGGUCGCUGAAGCUCUGCAGGAUCUGAUCACCAAAAACGCCAAGAACAACGAGAUCCAGGAGCUGAACAACAACAAAAACAGGGAUGAGGAGGAUCGUCCCAGUCGUCGGUUUGAUGACGACGAUGAUGAGGAGAACGUUGACGAUGCCGGUGAUGGUGGUGAUGAUGUCGUUGAUGAUGAUGAGGAGGGUGGUGAUGAAGAGCAGGAGGAGGAGGUCCGAGAUGCUGACGGGAACUGGGAUGGAGCGAGCGAAGGAAACGACAGGAACGAAGUGAACCCAGAGGAAGAACUGCAGGACCUGCAAUAUUUCCCAAACUUCUACAGACUUCUGAAGAGCCUCGACUCAGAACAAGACGCUGAAGAAAGAGAGACCCUCAUCACCAUCAUGAAGACACUCAUUGACUUUGUGAAGAUGAUGGUAAAGUACGGCACCAUCACACCUGAGGAGGGCGUGUCCUACCUGGAGAAUCUGGACAACAUGAUCGCCACGCAGACCAAGAACAAGCUCGGGAAAGCGCUGGGUCCCGUCAGCAUCACGCCCCCUACAGUGACAGACGAGGACGACAACACGAAAGAGGAAACCGCCAAAAUGCUGAGGGAAUAUGAGAACCUGAAGGACUCAACCAAGGAGGAGAGAAAGGCAGUGGAGAACGGUCACACAGGAAAGUCCGAGUCGUAUCUGGAGGCAAUCAGGAAGAACAUCGAGUGGCUCAAAACACACAAUAAAGACGAGAACAAAGAGGAUUACGAUCUGUCCAAGCUCAGGGACUUCAUGGACCAGCAGGUGGACACCUACAUCGAGAAGGGGAUCCUGAAGAAGGACGAAGGAGACGUCAUCAAGAGGAUCUACGGGAGCCUGUAGGCAUAAUGCUGCGUGUUCACGACGUCACCGUUACCGUAACCGUGGGCGGAGUUAGCCUGAUGUAUUACAUCAUACAGUAGCUUUCUAAAUUAUACAACAACAACAAAAAAAGAGCUGAACGUUUUAUUAACAGUUAACGAAUAUAUCAAAGCGCACUACGAAGACAACGCAAAAUAAUUAGCAAUAGUCGAUUAGGCCUGUAAGGAUUAAAUACGCGUAAGAUACAAUAAUCUGAAGUGUAAGAUAUUUACGGUUUAUCUUUAGACUCUGAAUUUCAGAAUGACUUUUACACGCUUUCGAUCUUUCGCUUUCUACACACUCGUUUCUUUAACCACUAUUUUUUUUUCUUUGUAUUUGUCACGUCACGUGUCUGUAUGGCGGCUCGAUAUUCAUCACUGUAUGUACCGUACCUUCCUGGUUGUUUAACGAAAGAUCGUAUGAUGGAUGAUAUGAAGGUUAUGAAUGUUAGCUAGCUAGUUAAUCGCACUAACUUUAGCAAUGCACUAAGUUUAAAAAAGUUCUAUUUUAUGUUAUUUAUUGGUAAGUUACACUUUUACAGAUUCUAUAGGAACGUUACCUAUAAAGUUAGCUAGUUUAGCGUCACAUCAACAUUACUAACAAUUUUCCGUAACAAUAUGUAGCUGGAGUUUUUCAGCGGAUGAUAAUUGUCUGGCGGUUGUUACAGGAGCUUAGUCGCUAACAUUACUAUAGACAUCAUAACGUAAAAACGUAAGAAUAGAGUAUGUGACCAACUAUUUCACGGGCGUGUACACAUACCUCAGGCUAAAACUAACAGAAGUGCACUGCUUACAAUAGCUAUUUACCUAGCUAGCUUUUUAUUAUUUUCUACGUGGUACUUUUAGGCCGGGAAGUCAUGUUUAUUACAAUUCAAGUCAAAACAUUAACAUUCGCCAACUCGGCUAGCUACUUAACGUGGCGCUGGCAAGCCUACGGAUUUGCAGUAGCUUGAUCAACUUACUCUUUAUUCAAUUGUACAAGAUUUAACAGCAACCUUUAAAUAAAAAAAUAACCAUGACAACCACGCUAACUUUCAUUAUUAACACACAGCUGCCGCGUAAUCUUUUGCGACGUUGUUAACAUUCCAAGACUAGACAACACCACCAGGGGGCGCUGAUUUACCGAAAUAAAAAAUUAAAACACACACACAAUGCUUUGUUUUUGUUCGUUUGCGGUAAAAAAAUACGCGUCUCUGUAUUAGCAUUUUAUCUCCGUUUAGGUUUAUUUAAAAGUUUAACCAACCAAAAUGACGAUGGUUUCCUGAUUUGUUUCUGUUUCUAGUUUUUUCCACCCUCUCUCUCUCUCUUGCUCUUGGAUUCUCUAACCGUGACUAACACAGUCGAGUAUUUUUCAAUGUAAAUAUGGCGAGUUUCUUCUCCUCUUGUUUGUUUGUUUUUUUUUUUCCAGAAUUGCGAAUAAACAUUGCAUUUCUGUA